UCUUCUCCUGCCUCAUCUUUCACCUUUCAGGGCCAUUCAGAGAUGAGAAGUUGGCGCCAUGGUCAAUAAAUUCUGCUUUACAGUAGUGGCCAGUGUGAACCAAGAGUGACUUCAUAGGCUGCAGUCAACAUGCGUGUAUCUGCCAGUAUCAUCAGACUCUGGUGAUUGGUUGAGAAGAGUAUCACUUGUUGAGCUCACUUUUAUUGUAAAUAAACAAUUGGCUGCUAUUUUACGACCCCUAAAAUGUGCAAUAUACUGUGAUGUAGGUUAUUGUUAAAUAGUGAUAGGUGAAAAAUGAAUAGUUAAAUAUAGGGAUAUAAUUGUUGACGGUUAACAUCGUUUGGGCAAAUAGCGCAAUAUUAUUUUUGAGCUAGCCGUACCUGCAUCAAAACUCUAGUAUUUUUCCUUCAAAGCUUGUUUUCCAUAUACUUUUUUAAAUAGGGAGCCAUGGUGAGCAAUAUGUUUGGAACAUCAAAUUGCAAUAAAAUCGUAGUAUCGAAUCACAAUACAUAUAGAAUCGCAAUACGUAUCGUAUUAGCACCUAAGCCUCGUGAUAAUAUCGUAUUGUGAGGUCUGGCAAUUCCCAGCCUUAUAGGUCAAGUGAAGUUGUGGAUAACUAACAAAGGCAAACGUGAUACCAUACAUAUCUAAAUAUUGUAAAUCAUUGUCAUAAAAGUAGCACAUUUUUUAUCUGUGAAAUCAACCACGAAACAGCAUUAUUUGGGUACUUUUUUAAACAUGUUGCCCUUUUUCUUUGAAUGCGUUCUGACUUUAAAAACCUCACAAAAUAUUAAAUUAAUUGAGUAAUGAUUAAAUUAUGACAUUUUAGAUCAAGGAUGCCAGUGGAUGAAUCAUUGGUUACCCUCAAAACGACACAUCAAAAGAUCCAACUCCCCCUGUCCCAUUCCUGCGUAUGACUAGAAAAUAGGGAACACAUUCUGCAAUAUUUCCAUGAAAGAUAUACAGUACCAGUCAAGGUUGGACACAACUACUCAUUCAAAGGUUUUUCUUUACUGUAGAUUGUAGAAUAAUAGUGAAAAUAUCAAAACUACGAAAUAACACCUCAUGUGGUAUCUGAAAAUCAUGUAGUAACCAAAAAAGUGUUAAACAAAUCAACAUGUGUUUUAUAUUCUUCAAAUAGCCACACUUUGCCUUGAUGACAGCUUUGCACACUCUUGGCAUUCUCUCAACCAGCUUCAUGAGGUAGUCACCUGGAAUGCAUUUCAAUUAACAGGUGUGUCUUGUUAAUUUGUGAAAUGUAUUUCCUUCUUAAUGUGUUUGAGCCAAUCAGUUAUGUUGUGACAAACUAGGGUUGGUAUACAGAAGACAGCCUUAGUUUUGAUGUCUUCGCUAUUAUUUUAAAAUAGUAAAACAAAAGAAAAACCCUGGAAUGAGUAGGUGUGUCCAAACUUUUGACUAGUACUAGUACUGUACAUAAAAUCCAUAAAUUCACAUGCACAAAGUACAGUUUUUAAAUCUCCAUUUAAUUGAUCUGCUUUUGCGAACAUUUUAUGGAGAUUUUUCUUCUUCAUCCAGGCAUAAAAUGAUUGGUCCAAGGGGCUCGUAGUAGCAGCAUAGUAGUGAAUAUCCAAACAAAUACCCGUACUGUCCGUCCCUGAGUGUGCCCACCCAUCCCUCUUUCUUUCCUCCCCUGCCCUCUACUUCAGCCCUUUUUACUUCACAGAUCAAUAUGUAUACCAGGAGUGCAGAGGUAAGAACCCCCCCUAUUACCACCUCUACCUUUCUCCAUAUUGGUUGUUUCAUUUCCUCUAUCUCCUCUCACACCAGAUGGUCCUUUUCAGUGUUAUUUCUCCUCCCCCCCUUGCUUUUUCUCUUUCUCCUCCCUCCAUUUCACUUUUUGCAUCUGAUUCCCCUCAAACGUCCCCACGAAUUAAUCCGGCUAUGAGGAUGCCUUGAGACUUAACCUGCUUGAACUGGUGAGGGCGAGAAGUGCUCUGUAACCUCUAUUGCUUUGAGGGCGAGGGAGGCUCUUUUCUCCGACCAAGGAUGCCUGGGCGUGCGAACGGAUCAACUCCACAGUGUCCAUGUCGGGGCUGCACGCGGUCAGCAGCUCGGAUGACGUGAAGCCUCCGUUCGGACUGGGAGGCCACAGCCCAGGGGGCCCCAUGCUCUCCCAAAAGCGCCUGUGUGCCAUCUGUGGUGACCGCUCCUCCGGUAAGCACUACGGAGUGCACAGCUGCGAGGGCUGCAAGGGUUUCUUCAAGCGCACGGUGCGCAAGGACCUGAGCUACACCUGCCGGGACAACAAGGACUGCCUGGUGGACAAGCGCCAGCGCAACCGCUGCCAGUACUGCCGCUACCAGAAGUGCCUGGCCUGUGGCAUGAAGAGGGAAGUGGUCCAAGAUGAACGACAGAGAUCCGUGCAGGAAGAGCGCCAGAGGAACAAGGAGCGGGAGAGCGAGGUGGAGUCGACCAGUGCCAUCAACGAGGAGAUGCCUGUGGAAAAGAUCCUAGAGGCCGAGAUGGCCGUGGAACAGAAGACCGAGCUGCAUGCCGAUGGGAGCUCCGGGGACAGCUCGGUAAAUCCCAACGACCCGGUCACCAACAUCUGCCAGGCUGCAGACAAGCAGCUGUUUACCCUGGUGGAGUGGGCCAAGAGGGUCCCCCACUUCUCUGAGCUGGCCCUGGACGACCAGGUCAUCCUGCUACGUGCCGGUUGGAACGAGCUGCUGAUCGCUUCCUUCUCUCACCGCUCCAUCAGUGUGAAGGACGGCAUCCUAUUGGCCACCGGCCUACACGUGCACAGGAACAGUGCCCACAGUGCCGGCGUGGGAGCCAUCUUCGACAGGGAGAGUGCGCACAAUGCAGAGGUUGGAGCCAUAUUUGACAGAGUUCUCACGGAGCUGGUCAGUAAGAUGAGAGACAUGCAGAUGGACAAGACGGAGCUCGGCUGCCUUCGAGCCAUCAUCCUCUUCAACCCAGAUGCCAAGGGCCUAUCCAGCCCCAGUGAAGUGGAAUUGCUGAGGGAGAAGGUGUACGCAUCGCUAGAGUCCUAUUGUAAACAGAGAUACCCCGACCAGCAGGGCAGGUUCGCUAAGCUCCUCCUCCGGCUGCCAGCGCUGCGCUCCAUCGGCCUGAAGUGCCUAGAGCACCUGUUUUUCUUCAAGCUGAUUGGCGACACCCCUAUCGACACGUUCCUCAUGGAGAUGCUAGAGGCGCCCCACCAGCUGACCUAAGAACCAGGUUCUGCCCUGGUCCAUUUUGCACCAGGGGUUCUAGUUCUGGCACCCUGGUUCUAGGGCUUCACCAUGUCUGCUGGCUUUUAUGUCCCGCUCACACCAACCCCGCCCCACCAGCUGACCGAAGACCCAGGUUCUGCCCUGGUCCAUUUUGCACCAGGGGUUCUAGUUCUGGCACCCUGGUUCUAGGGCUUCACCAUGUCUGCUGGCUUUUAUGUCCCGCUCACACCAACCCCACCCAUAACCCCCCGUAUGCUGUCACACACACACAUAAUCAAAUACUUUUUCACAGUAGGGGUUAAGACGCAUUGAAAUAUAUCCUUUUUAACUGCAUAUACAAGUUUUAUCAUGAGUUAGCCUUCAGCUUUGAGUGUCAACGCUUCUGCGAAUCAAGGUAGACCUCUCAGCUUCUUGUGGGGUUCGUAGGUUAUUCAGAUACAUUGCUGCGCGCAUAGAUAUGACGAGUGGCUUACUCUGUCUUAGGCUUUACUCUUGGGUUUAACCCAAACACGUCAUGAUCAGGUGCGUAAUAUUUCAAUCAACUGUCACCCAACUUCUAUUGAUCGGGACACAGCCAAUAGAGGCAGACACGCCCCUCUGUGUUCACCAAUCCGAAUGGGAUUUGAAUACUAUGCUUUAUUCAUGCUUAAAUGCUCUGAAUUCAUUCUGAAGUACUGUACUCUUAAAAUGAGACCUUUUUAAGGCAUUGAAAUCCAAGGAGGGGGCACUUUGUUUGGCCCUUAAAGUUCACACCAGGCUUUCAAAGAGAGAAACUGACUUGUAAGAUGUGUUCUUUAUUGCAUUUUGCUGUUUGUUCUCUUUAAGUCCAAACAAGGGCCAUUGGGCACAGGAAGUGCAACCUUGUUCAAGAGCACUGCGUUCAUUGGUGCUGUUGUAGAUGUUUCUUUUGUUUGACACCCUCUACUUUGCUAAUGGUCAUUUUUGCACUCUGUGAAACAUUACUGUGUAAGUAAACAUUUGCUGCAGAAACCUAUCUUGCCCGUCUUUAAGAAACUGGGGCAACCACAAAGAAUGUCUCCAGCUCUCAUCAUGUCUUCUGAAGAGCCACGGUGUUAAUGGCCGUGCUUCGUUCUGUGAAAUGGCCAUCCGGUCUAAGAAAGCCUUGAUAUUAUUCGAUAUCUUGUUCCAGUGGUCUACUGUACCCCUACAAUUCCCCUUCUGAAUCCUCCGUUUGUGUCAUUCAAGUGCUUGCAGCCUCUUUCCGUUAACUUUUUAACAAUAUGUAAAUACGAUGACACAUCUACUCCUUCACUAGAGCACGACUGGGCAAUCCCAACAUGUGCAUACAGUAGGGAAAACACAGGGGUUAGCAAGCAUGUUAGCACACAACAAAAAGUAUUCCCCGAUAGCAAUAUGAACAGAUAUUGUACACUUCCAAUAUGUACUGUAAAAAAAAAAUUAUAUAUAUAUAUAUAAUCGUAAAGGGUUUUAACCAUAGACUGGAUCUUAAGCUUGAAAAACCCACCUCGUUGUGACUGACUAUUAAGUCUAGUUGUUGUGCUAGUAGUUUCGUCACUCUUGACACAAAUUGUAUUCUAAAGGGCUGCUGUGUCACGGGCAGGGUGAUAGAACCCACGCCCUUAGCCUGCCCAGCCUGUGACAAUACUUUGUGUUUUAUUGUGGAGCUGAUUGGUUGGCUUCAGCCGAUGACCCUGACCCAUCUACCGCGAUUCUAUUGUGUGGUCUGCUUACACAAACCUACACAAUAGGGGCCGAUUCAGCUCCCUCAUAACAGAACUAGCUGUCAACACAUUACAAACUUUGAACUGAAAUAUUAAAAGAGCAUCAUUACACACAAUGUGAGCAAUAUUGGCAGAUGCAUAACGAUUGAGACCAUAUUGUGUGCAUAGAAGGAUUUAGAUGUGUGGGUCGUUUUAUGAAGUAUUUGGAGAUUAGUAUUAUUUACCAUUCAGAACAGAAAUUAGGAUGUAGAAUAGAGAAUGCUGUAUCGCUUACUGGACAGAAGUUCAACUGUCCUAAAGUUGGGUGCUACACGACUCAUGUGGUCUUACAAUUAUAGAUGUGCUUGUUUACACCAGUGGAGGCUGGUGGUAGGUGCUAUAGGAGGAUAGGCUCAUUGUAAUGGCUGGAAUAUAAUUUAUAUUUGAGUCAUUUUAGAAGAUGCACUUAAACAGGUCGACUUAGAGGAGCAAUUAGGGUUAAGUGCCUUGCUCAAGGGCACAUCGAUAGAUUAUUUUCACCUAGUCGGCUCAGGGAUUAGAACCAGCGACCUUUCGGUUACUGUCUUAACCGCUAAGCUACCUGCCGCCCGUUCAAUAGAAUGCUGUCAAACGCGUUGUUUCCAUGUGUUUGGUACCAUUCCAUUCCCUCCAUUACAAUGAGCCCGUCCUCCUAUAGCUCCUCCCACCAAUGCAAACACAGUACACAAACAAAACGCCAAGAGUGUGCAAGUACACACCCUCCACCUUUUUCCCCCUCUUGAAACCGAGGUCUACUUUACUUGUGUAACUCUGUGUUGUCUGUUCACACUGCUAUGCUUUAUCUUGGCCAGGUCGCAGUUGCAAAUGAGAACUUGUUCUCAACUAGCCUACCUGGUUAAAUAAAGGUGAAAUAAAAAAUAAAAAAAUAAAAAUACUUAUAAUAGGAUUCCCACUCGGCCGUACUCUUUUCAGCCGAUCUCCUACAUUGACUUGCAGUCAGGCCUUUUUGGCGGGAGAGGAACACCUCCCCCAUGUAAUGUGGAUAUGGAGGAUGAUACCUGUCUAACAGGGUGUCCUACUCCAAGCCUGCGAACAGGCCGUGGGGGCACUGUAGACCAUUUACAUGCCCGUCGGGUUUAUGUACGUCUAUACAUGUGAACAUGAAUCAGUCGUUGCAGAAUAAAAAUGAACGAGUAGAACUCGAGAUCAGUCUUAAGGGAUUUAGUCCCACAGGGUAGAGUAUCUUAUCUGUGUAUCCCCAGUGUGAACCACAAUCUUGUCACGAUGUUGGCAACAACCCCUUGUGUAAUUCGCUCGUUUUCUUUUGUUGGAGCAUUUCAAUCUCCCAUUUCUUAACAGUAGAAAAGCCUGACCUUGAGGGACCCCACUUCAAGCCAAAAUGAGUUUUUGACUCCAACAUUCUAACAGUCUAAUAAAUUAAUUUCAUAUAUGAUAUUGGAAAAAUAAUAUUUUGCUUGUGUUUUUGAAGGUCUUAGAUAACAGAAUGCCAAAAAAAGUAUUGUUUCAAAGAACAAAAUAGCAUUUUCAUUAGUUUGUUACUGUAGGCUAUUUUGUUUUCUCAUGCUCAAGUGUAGAGCUUGUGGAACAAAGGUAAUUAUUGGAAAAGUGAUAUUUAGAAAUCAGUCUUACCUGCAUGUGACUCUGUAGGAGGAUUUGAAAAAGUCACUUGUUCGCUCUGCAAAAAAAUAUAUCCUCUUUUAAAACUGCUUAUAACACAAAAUGCUAACAUGCGUGUGUUAAAUAGACGUAUUUAGGAAAAGUCAGACUGAGGGAGGCAUGACUUUAAAAAUGGCAGAGAUAUUUCAAUUUCAUAUUUAGUCAAAAUGACUCACUUGCCUCUUCUAGUGCUGUAACAGUGCAUUUUAAAGCGAAUCCCUUGUUAUAUUGUGUCUUGUCCUAUAAAUUCAGUUUAGCUGUGAGCAGAGAUACUGUAUAGUAUAAAAGCCCUAUAAGAAUUCUACAGGUUCUAUAAGCUAAGCAUUUUCAGGUUGUUCAGGCAGACAGUUUAUCAGAUUUUUUUUUUUUUUUUAACUGCCUGUACACUAUGUUUAUGUGCCUGUGUUGAUUAUGUCACUAUGUCCACUGUGUACAAUGAGGUCUUGGUCUGGUUAUACCAGCAAGCUCGGGUGUGCUGCAGCAUGGAGAGAGGUUUACAACAACACAGAAAGAUGCACAGAAGAGCAGGGCGCACAUUUGCAUACACGUUGCCCGGGCCCUUCUCUUCCCUUGCCAAUCGAGUGCAGUGUCCCUUUGGUAUUACUUGAUGGCAGUGCUGCGGCGGUCUUCGCCCUUGGAGACAGACCGCCGGCGUGCAGCCCAAAGAUGCGUGUCCCUCGUGACCGCGUGCACUCAAGGCAGACGCCUGGACCUUUUGAUUACGUUCAUUUAUAUUCAACUUACUUUUGAAAACAGUCACUUAAAAAAAAACCACAAACGCUUAAAUGUUUGCAUCCUGUGAAGCUGUCAUGUGUUUGUAUCUAGCGGGAUGCAAUACUUAUUUAAUAGACACCCUGGUGCAAAGGUCAACUCUAUGAUGAUCAAAACACCCCAUGCGGUUGGUUGGCGCCACCCCUGUGAUGUUGUAACACUGCCGAACAGGUGUGAAGGCCAGCGUUGAUGCUGUGCCACGCUGAGGUCCCGUGGAUGACUGUUGAGUGGUCAGAGUGUUGUCCUUUGUCACUAAAGAACUCCCCUUUAUAAGAAAGGUGCCACAGCAAGGGGAGGGCACUAGUCGGGGUGGUCCCUAUGGUGAUUUAUACUGUGCAUUGGUGCUUUUUUUUGUGGCCAAGAGGGCAGAGUUACAAGCUAGGAACGUGCACUGAUAAUUUGACUAUUUGGAUCACGGUUUUGUCUUCCGUGUCCAGCGCAAACAGGAGUGUGUUUACGUAGAAAAAUAUGCAUUGGACACUGUCAGCAAAACUUGGCUUAAGCUGAGAAAAGAAUUGGAGCCAAUGCAUAGAUCCCAAAGGUGCGCGCUGAAGUCACGCCUCUGGAUAGUGUCCCAUUACGCGGAUGAACUUGAGGGGAGGGCCAGCUCAACAUGCUCAGAGGAGGAGAAUGCGUUCACAGUGGGAUAAGUGCUUAGGGUGAUAGACUCACUUGAUCAGAUGAUGUUUUGUUGAUCAAGAAAAGCUGUUUUCGUUAGAUCUGGAGAUUUCCUGUCGUUGAUUCCCGCCCAAAUACACUGCUUCCCUGUUGUGCUUGACUCUUUCCUUUGACCGCGCGAUUCAUCUGUAUUCAGGACUAUUAAACACACGCAGGAACUGUUAUAUCACAUGGGAUUUUCAAUUUCCUUUUUCUCAUGUCUAGUUUUUUUGUCAUUAUUUUAUCUCUGACUCCAACAUACAUGUGGAAAUGAUUGACUGUUUUGGGGAAGGAAAUGCUUUUUUUUUUUUUUUAAUUUGGAAUCUGUUUCUGUUGUAUCAUGUCUGAGUAAAGGUUUUAAUACUGUA